AUGCCACGUCCUAGAAGAUCUAAUCUUUCCCAGCGAAGCCGUACUGCAAUUAGGCAACGGAACAUCGCGAGUCAAUUAUCUGAUGAAGAACGAGACAUUGCACGAGAAGAGCGCCGCGUUAGUAUGGAGCGAAGAAGGGCUUUAAUUCGUGCCACUCAAACACAAGAGGAAAGAGAGGCAGCCCGUGAAACGGCUAGGUUAGAAACGAGAAAUCAUCGAGCUUAUCGUACAGAUCAACAGAGGGAUAAUCUUCGACGUGCAAGAAGAAAUGGUUCAAGCAAAAGUUGA